AUUAAUAUCUGAAUCUUCUUCCUCCGCAACCGAAGAACCCAAAUUUUCGCCGUUGAAAUGGAGAAAGCGACGGAGAAUCCCAAUUCCGAGACGCAACCUCCUCCUCAUCCGAAUCAUCAAAUGGAUGCAGACGAUGACGAUGAGAAUGUGAAACAGCUCAAAGAGUGUUCUUCUCUCUACUUGUCGUUACAGGAUUGUCUCGUUGAUAGCAACAGGGACUGGAAAUCAUGCCAGAAACACGUUCAAGCUUUGAAGGCAUGCCAUGAAAGGAGAACCAAGAAAUGACAAAAGCCACACCUGAUUGGGAAGUGUUGAUUAGUUGAGUUUUGUCUCUGAGAUUAAUGGUUAUUUCGCCGUAAACAAAUAACAGUUGAGUUUUGUCUCUGAUCCUGUCAAGCAGUUGAGUUUUGUGUCUGAGAUUAAUAGUUAUUUCGCCGAAACAAAUAACAGUUAAACAAAUAGCAAUAAUAAAUGCAUUUCAGAAA